AUGGCUACUGAUUCGUCAUUGAUGGAUACUUCGUCAUCAACUGUUAUAACACAAUCAGAAAAUAAUGAUUCGUGUUCAAUGAAUCAAAGUACUAAACGUAAAGGUACUAAAGAUGAAUCAUCUGGAAUAAAUAAACGGCCAAAACUAAUUGAUAUGGUUUUUUAUGAUGGAAAUCGUCAUCCAGCUGCUGUAUUACACGAACUUCGUCCUGAAAUUUCUUCUGAUAAAUAUUCUUUUACAUUGGAAGAAAUCGCUCCUAAACAAACACGCUUUCGUUGUUCAAUAACAAUUGAUCAAAAUGUUACAGAGUCAAUUAAUGCUACUGGAGUCGGUCGAUCAAAACAAUUGGCAAAAAAUAUGGCUGCACAGCAAGCUCUAAUAAAAUUAUAUCCAACAUAUCGUCCACCGGAUGAAGCGAUUCUUAGUGAAGAUUCUGAUAUGUACCAACAAACUCGAUUCAUUCCCACACUUCCACCUUCAUUACAAAAUGAUCCAACAUCAUUAAUCGAUUCAAUUCGAAAACAUUUAACAACAAAAGCAAUUGCUAUAAAAACACCGUUACAAUUAUUUAAUGAAAUUUUUAUUAAUAAUCAACGAUUAAAUUCUUCAACAUCAACAAAAAAUCGUAUUGAAUUAAUUGAUAAUGAAGAAAAUCUUGUUCUUGUACGUGUGAUAGCGAUGGAUCAACAAUUUUGGGGUGUUAGUGCAGCAAAAAGUGUUGCACAAAAUGAUGCAUGUCAACAAGCUAUCGAAACUUUGUGUAAUGUUUCUUUCCGUAGUGCUAAAGUUGAAUUUAUUCGUGCUCUUCAAUCGAUGAACAAAAUAACAUUACCACCGGAAGUUAAAAUAGACGCUAAUAAUAAUAAUAAUAAUAAUAAUAAUAAUAAUCAUAAUCAUAGUGAUGAAAAUAUUAACAAUAAUAUUAAUAAUAAUGUGGCAGAACAAUCCAUGACUACUGAAUUAACAUCUAUUCCAGGUGUGUCAUCAUCAUUUUUGAUACCCAAUGAUGAUUCAUAG